AUGAUCCUGGUCGUUUUGACGACACAGCAGCUAGGCCAUAUUGGCAUAGAUUCCUGGAAGUCCGAAAUUAUUGAAGGUUUAUUGUCUUUGUUCAUUGCGACGUCGCGAAUAGGGUUGGCUUUUGAUAUAGCCUGCGAGAGCAUGAUGACCGUCAAGUUUCGAUGUCAGAGAGAACUGGAGGGCCAGAUUAUCAGAAACACGAAUCCUGAAGCGAUUUGGAUUCUCAUUGUGAGGAUAUUUGUGAAGGCAUGGAUGCAUGAAAAAACCGUACGGGUCGUCAAAGCGAGGGGCUCAGUAUUAUUCACAACAGUGGCCAGACACUACCGCGUCAAUGCUGUCGUAAACAUGUUCACUGUGUUGAGUCGUGAGUCGUAA